AUGGCGGCGACCAGGAGGCGGGGCAUCAGCAGCAGGGAACAGUGGGAUCCGGAGACCUGGCGGCUGAGGCAGCAGCAGCAGAAGCACCGACGGCUGGGAGGCGGCGACCGGGAGGCUGAGGCAGCAGCAGCAGCAGCAGCAGCAGCAGCAGCAGCGAGCACCGGAUGGCGGUGUCUCGGAGGCGGAGGCAGCAGCGGGAGCAAGCACAGCAGCAGAAGCACCGACGACUGGGAGGCGGUGACCGGGAGGCCGAGGCAGCAGCAGCAGCAGCAGCGAGCAGUGGGAACCGGAGACCUGGCGGCUGAGGCAGCGACAGCAGAAGCACCGACGACAGGGAGGCGGCAACCGGGAGGCCGAGGCAACAGCAGCAGCGAGCAGUGGGAACCGGAGCCCUGGCGGCUGAGGCAGGAGCAGCAGACGCACCGACGACUGGGAGGCGGUGACCUGAAGGCAGAGGCAGCAGCAGGAGCGAGCAGUGGGAACCGGAGCCCUCGUGGCAGAGGCGGCAGUAGCAGAAGCUCCGACGACUAUGAUCCGGUGUCUGGGAAGCUGAGACAGCAGGAGCAGCGAGCAGUGGGAACCGGAGACCUGGUGGCUGAGGGAGCAGCAGCAGAAGCACUGACGACUGGAGGGCGGCGACUGGGAGGCCGAGGCAGCAGCAGCAGCAGCAGCAGCGAGCACCGAGCACCGCAUGGCGGCGACCUGGAGGCGGAGCAGCAGCAGCAGCAGAAGCACCAACGACUAGGAGGCGGCGACUGGGAGGCCGAGGCAGCAGCAGCACCAGCAGUAGCAAGCACUGGAUGGCGGCGCCCAGAAGCCGGAGGCAGCAGAGGCAGCGAGCAGUGGGAACGGGACACCUGGCGGCUGAGGCUGCAGCAGCAGAAGCACCGACGACUGUGA